CGGCACGGGCCCCUCUGGAGCAGAACGGCCUUGGUGAGGUGGACAGGAGGGGACCUCGCGAGCAGAGGCGCGCCCGCGACAGCAGUCCCGCCCGGGCCUCUCGGGAGCCGUGGUGCAGAGGCUGCGGAGCCCCAGGAGGACCUGCCUCCGCUUUCACAGUCCUCCAGAUUUUUUCCAAGAGCAGCAGAAAAUGAAUAAAUCCCUGGGGCCAGUGUCAUUCAAGGAUGUGGCUGUGGACUUCACCCAGGAGGAGUGGCAGCAGCUGGACCCUGAGCAGAAGAUAACUUACAGGGAUGUGAUGCUGGAGAACUACAGCAAUCUAGUUUCCGUGGGGUAUCACAUUAUCAAACCGGAUGUUAUCAGCAAGUUGGAGCAAGGAGAAGAGCCAUGGAUAGUAGAAGGAGAAUUCCUACUUCAGAGCUAUCCAGAUGAAGUCUGGCAAACUGAUGACCUGAUAGAGAGAAUCCAGGAAGGCGAAAAUAAACCUUCAAGGCAAACUGUGUUCAUUGAGACCCUGAUUGAAGACAGAGGUAAUGUUCCUGGUAAAACUUUUGAUGUAGAAACGAACCCUGUUCCUUCAGGAAAAACAGCCUAUAGAAAUAGCCUCUGUGACUCAUGUGAAAAGUGUUUAGCGUCUGUUUCAGAAUAUAUUAGUAGUGAUGGAAGCUAUGCAAGAAUGAAAGCUGAUGAAUGUAGUGGAUGUGGGAAAUCGCUCCUCCAUAUUAAGCUUGAGAAAACUCAUCCAGGAGAUAAAGCUUAUGAAUUUAAUCAAAAUGGGAAACCUUAUACUCUAAACGAAGAAAGUCUUUAUCAGAAAAUUCAUAUUUUGGAGAAGCCUUUUGAAUAUACUGAAUGCCAGAAAGCCUUCCAAAAGGACACUGUUUUUGUUAAUCACAUGGAAGAAAAGCCCUAUAAGUGGAAUGGAUCUGAAAUAGCCUUUCUCCAGAUGUCGGACCUCACUGUACAUCAGGCAUCUCAUUUGGAAAUGAAGCCCUAUGAAUGCAGUGAAUGUGGGAAAUCCUUCUGUAAAAAGUCAAAAUUUAUUAUACAUCAGAGGACUCACACAGGAGAGAAACCUUACGAAUGUAAUCAGUGCGGGAAAUCCUUCUGCCAGAAGGGAACCCUUACUGUGCAUCAGAGAACACACACAGGGGAGAAGCCCUAUGAAUGUAAUGAAUGUGGGAAAAACUUUUACCAGAAGUUACACCUCAUUCAGCAUCAGAGAACUCACUCAGGAGAGAAGCCCUAUGAAUGUAGUUAUUGUGGAAAAUCCUUUUGCCAGAAGACACACCUCACACAACAUCAGAGAACACAUUCAGGAGAGAGACCUUAUGUUUGUCAUGACUGUGGGAAGACCUUCUCGCAGAAGUCAGCACUUAAUGACCAUCAGAAAAUUCACACAGGCGUGAAACUCUACAAGUGUAGUGAAUGUGGGAAAUGCUUCUGCCGCAAGUCUACUCUCACGACCCACCUGAGGACCCACACAGGAGAGAAACCCUAUGAAUGUAAUGAGUGUGGAAAAUUCUUCUCUCGGUUGUCAUAUCUCACUGUACAUUAUAGAACUCAUUCAGGAGAGAAACCCUAUGAAUGUAAUGAAUGUGGAAAAACUUUCUACCUGAAUUCAGCCCUCAUGAGACAUCAGAGAGUGCACACAGGAGAGAAACCUUACGAAUGUAACGAAUGUGGAAAGUUAUUCUCCCAGUUGUCAUACCUCACUAUACAUCAUAGAACUCAUUCAGGAGUAAAACCCUAUGAAUGUAGUGAAUGUGGGAAAACCUUCUACCAGAACUCAGCCCUUUGUAGACAUCGGAGAAUACACAAAGGAGAGAAGCCCUAUGAAUGUUAUAUAUGUGGAAAAUUCUUCUCUCAGAUGUCAUACCUCACUAUACAUCAUAGAAUUCAUUCAGGAGAGAAGCCCUAUGAAUGUAGUGAAUGUGGGAAAACCUUCUGCCAGAAUUCAGCCCUUAAUCGACAUCAGAGAACACACACAGGAGAGAAAGCCUAUGAAUGUUAUGAAUGUGGGAAGUGCUUCUCUCAGAUGUCCUAUCUCACUAUACAUCAUCGAAUUCAUUCAGGAGAGAAACCCUUUGAAUGUAAUGAGUGUGGAAAAGCCUUCUCUCGGAUGUCAUACCUCACUGUACACUACAGAACUCAUUCAGGAGAGAAACCCUAUGAGUGUACUGAAUGUGGAAAAAAAUUCUACCACAAAUCAGCAUUCAACAGCCAUCAGAGAAUUCACAGGAGAGGGAAUAUGAACGUAAUAGAUGUGGGAAGGCUUCUCUGAAGUCAGACCUCACUUUAUAACAGAGAACCCUUUCAAAAUAGUGAAUCAGAAACUCCUGCCUAAAGUCAAACACCUUGUACAUCAGAGAGCUCACACAGGUUACUGUGGACAUCCCCUUGUGUGUUGGACUCAUAAUCUGAAGACUCACAGAAUGGAAACCAUGAUUAUAACAAGACCACAUGGUAUAACAAUACUAGACUACAGACAAGUGAAAAUUUAUAAAUAUUAAGAAUGUAUAUACACGUUGCCAUGGAUUGGAACUGUUUUGCAUAUCAGGGAAUUCAUAGCCAAGGGGAAAUCUACCAAUAUAAGAAAUGUGGAAGACAGAAACCUUUGGAAACUGUUAAUACUAAAAGACGUGUUUCUGAUCCAAUAGCAAAUUGGAAAAGUAAAAAAAGAAGAUUCCUGCUGUGAAUAAACAUACUCCUUGUGUAAAUAGAAGCUGUAACGUCAUCAGGAUAGCUAGUUAAGUCGGUAACCUUAAACUCAUCUAAGCAGUUCCCAAAGAACAUAGGACUUAUGUUUGGGGUAGAGGGUUGUUUGUUUUUAUUACAUUACCUUACAGGAAUUGUAUGUUCACUUUGAAUCAUGUUUGAAAAAACAGUGUAUCCUUAUUAAUUUUGUAAUUAAUAUGGUCAGAGUAUUCUAAACAGCACUAGGUUAAUAUUUCAUAGGUAUAAAGUAUACUUUUUCUUGCACUCUUCUCUAGGAUGUAAUGCAUUUGAUCAUUCUUAAUGAACAAUACCAGCCCUAAAGGACCAAUGCUUUUUUAAUGUUUUCAACUGUACCUGAGUCAGCCAGAGAGAUAAAUAUCCGUGUAUAAAAAUAGAUAGAAACCUUUGUUUAGGUAAUUUAAAAUUGUUGGCUGGGCACAUUGGCUCAAGCCUGUAAUCCCAGCACUUUGGGAGGCCGAGACGGGCAGAUCACUAAGUCAGGAGAUCGAGACCAUCCUGGCUAACACGGUGAAACCCCAUCUCUA